AUGAGGGAAAACGAGAAACUUUUGCGUAGAAAGCUGGCAAACGAUUAUCUAAUAUUAAAGUGGAAGAUUUGGUUUAAAGCCCUUGGAGCAAAAGAUGGAGUUCUUACACGAAAGUUCGUGUCCAGGGAAAAAGAAAAAUUUGUGCGCCUCCAUCAUUUUGGCAAGGAGAAGAAAAAAGACAUCAUCGGGAAAUUGGACAAAUGGUGGAAUGUAUUUAUAUUUCGUGGCAAACCAGGCCCUAUCACAGAACAAGAGUUUGUUGAAAAACAAAGCGCCGAUUACAAGAAAGACAAAGGGAAAUACGCUAAAACGAUUAAGGCACUAUGCCAGAAGAUUUAUGUUACUAUAGACAUAAACAAUGAUGGCAUGAUAAAUUCUGAACUAGGUAAAACUCAUAAAGACCAUACAGCUGUAAGGAUAAAGGCACUAUGCCAGAAGAUUUAUGAUACUAUAGACAUUAACAGUGAUGGCAUGAUAGAUGAAGAAGAUUUUUUAAACGGUUUAAGGUUAGGUGGCUUUGAAAGAGUACAACUAAAUAAAGAUUUCUUCAACUCUUACGAACCAGAAAAUGGAAAUAUUCCUAUUAAAAAAAUAGUAGAUACAUGGGUAACAUUUCUAACAUGCGAAGACAAUUCGCAAAAGGAUAUUAUCAAAGAUGCAUUUGAAGCAGGUGUCUUCUAA